AAGCCUGGGCUGGGAAAGAAGCCACACUCCCCUUGCCUAGCUUUCGUUUUCUUGCAAUUGAAAGGAGGAGGGUGGGAGCAGGAACCGGAAAGCCAAGCCAAGCAUCCAAAGAAAGGUAGAUCAGGAACAUCCACAAGAAGUCCCUUGGGUCCAGACUCUUAGCAGGUAAAGGGAAUUUUUAAAAAAACACCCAUAGAACUAAAUGUCAAAGUCCCGUGGCCGGCGUGAGACUCUCUCUGAACGACGCAGUCGAAAACUUGAGAGAGCAUCCUCUUCAGACGAGGAGAUGGGUGACCCACAGAGACCCCAAGGUGGUUUUCUUAAUCAUCAGCCAUGUUACACUUUCAGCCUACAACCAGGUACACUUGCUGUGCCAAAUGUAUUUGUUCCCAUGAAAAACGAAGGCUUUAAGUUCAAUCCACCGUCUACACAAAAGGAGGAUUCAAACAACCUGCUACAACAGAAACAGAGAAAUAAGAAGCUAGAAAACACUUUGUACAACCAGUAUGAAGAGAAGAUCCGUCCUUGCAUUGACCUCAUUGAUUCCCUGAGAGCUCUUGGUGUGGAAAAGGACUUGGCAUUGCCAGCAAUUGCUGUGAUUGGAGAUCAGAGCUCUGGGAAGAGUUCUGUCCUUGAAGCGCUGUCUGGAGUUGCUCUUCCCAGAGGCAGUGGCAUUGUCACCAGAUGUCCGUUAGCUCUCAAACUGAAGAAACUACCUGCUGGUCAUAUGUGGAAAGGGAAAAUCAGUUACCUGGAAAAAAAACUGGAACUCUCAAGCCCUUCAGAAGUGGAAAGAGAAAUAAGAAAAGCUCAGAACAUAAUGGCUGGCGAAGGAGUGGGCAUUAGCCAUAAAUUAAUUAGCCUAGAAAUUAAUUCUCCAGAGGUUCCAGACUUGACACUGAUCGAUCUACCAGGGAUUGCAAGAGUGGCCAUUGGUAAUCAGCCAACAGAUAUUGGAGAACAGAUCAAAAAGCUGAUAAAAACAUUUAUUGAUAGGCAAGAGACAAUAAAUUUAGUGGUGGUUCCAAGUAAUGUGGAUAUUGCCACAACUGAGGCACUGAAGAUGGCUCAGGAGGUGGAUCCAGAAGGGGAAAGAACGCUUGGGAUCCUGACGAAGCCUGACCUGAUGGAUAAAGGAACUGAGGGGGCUGUAGUGAACAUAGUGAGAAACUUGGUCAUCCCCCUGAAAAAGGGGUAUAUGAUUGUGAAAUGCCGAGGGCAGCAAGACAUUCAGUCCAAUCUGACGCUAGCCUCUGCAAUCGAGAAAGAGAGAUCAUUUUUUGAGAAUCAUCAGCAUUUUAGCAUGCUUCUAAAGGAAAAAAGAGCCACAAUUCCCUUACUGGCUGAAAAACUUACAAGUGAACUUGUGCAACAUAUUAGUAGAUCUUUGCCAACUUUAGAAGAACAAAUAAGUUACCAGCUUCAAAAAGCAAGUGAUGAGAUGCGCAGAUACGGCAAAGGCAUGCCAGAAUCAGAAGGCGAGAAGUUAUAUUUUUUAACAGAUAAAAUCCAACUGUUUAAUGCGGAUAUCACCAGUACAGUACAAGGAGAAGAAAAAUUAUCUGAUAAGGACACCAGGCUGUUCACAAAAAUCCGUAAAGAAUUUCAGAAGUGGGGACGAAUAAUUGAUGAGAAUGGCAAAAACAUUGAAAAAUCCCUCCAUCCUGAGGAGUGGAGAUUUGAACAUCAGUAUCGUGGACGAGAGCUGCCAGGUUUUAUCAAUUACAGAACAUUUGAAAGUAUUAUAAGGAGGCAUGUUACAGGACUAGAAAUUCCUGCUAUGGAAAUAUUAAAUAAAGUGAUAGAAAUAGUGCGUCAAGCUUUCACAGAGGUUGCAAAGGUUCAUUUUGAAGAUUUUCCCCAUCUUUAUAUUCAAGCAAAGAAAAGAAUUGAAAGUAUUAAGGAGAAACAAGCAGCAGAAGCUGAAGCAAUAGUUAGAAUCCAGUUUCAAAUGGAACAGACCGUAUUUUCCCAGGAUGACAUCUACAGGCGAGAACUAAGCAUUAUAAAGGAUGGAGGAAAAAAUAAUUUUAACUCUGCACUCAUUGUCUCUCUGAGUGGAAAAAAUUCUCUGGGUUCCCUGGGCAAUGAUGUCAAUUUGGGAACAACUGCUUCUCCGGAAGAUAUGUCCAUCAAAGAAAUAUCUUAUCAUUUGAAGACCUACUUCAGUGGUGCAGGAAGCCGUCUCUCCUGUCAAAUCCCUCUCAUUAUCCAGUUCUAUGUCCUCAAGAAAUAUGGAGACAAUCUGCAAAAUGAAAUGCUGCACCUACUUCAAGAUAGAGACAAGCUGAGCAUUUACCUCCAGGAGCGCAAAGAUGCUGCAGAACAGAGGCAGUUUCUUACUGAUCGCAUUAAGCGCCUGACUGAAGCCCGGAAUCACUUGGCAAAGUUUCCUGGUUAAAAGAGGAUUCACCACCACAUACAAUGUUUCUGGGCUGUUAUGAGGCUAAAUAGAUGUCAGUUAAAAUAAAGUGGUUAUUUUAAUUGUUUCAAUACAGGGUUGGGAAUCAUGAACUCUUCAUGUUGGUAACACAUAUUGGCUGUGUUUUUUUCUUUUUCUUUCUUUUUUUCAUAUUAAAUUUUAUUGUACAAAAUUAAUUAAAAAAUUACAAUCAAUAUUUUGACACAUAUGUAUAAAAUACAAGAAAAGAGACAACAGAAAUGACAACAGAAAAACAAAAACAAAAAAUAAAAGAAAAAAAUAAAUUCUACUUCCUGAUCUGCGGCUGUGAACGUGUUAUUUUCCUAAAUUCCUACUUUCUCCUAUAAAGAUCUUUCACCAAUAUCCAAAGAGUAUUAUUACUAAGACCUUUCAUGUACUGAAUAAAUCUCAGAUAUGUCUGUCUUACGUCUAAAGCAUCUCUCUCAUUCAUACCUAAUAGGGAGGAUGAAAAAAGACAAAAAAUAAUUAGGAACUGUAAUCUACCUACUUAACAUAUUCUCCCUUUUGCUUUAAACUAUGAAUACUGCUAUGAGUAUCUCAGUUCAUUUACGCAAUUUUUAUAUAUACCCGUAUUUUCCAGCGUAUAAGACGGCU